GCAUCAUACCAACCAUCGGCACUAACUGUUACGGCUUGACACUUAGCUAACAGGCAAGGAACAGCGGCUGUGUCGUUCAAAUAACUUCUAUUCCACAAUGUCAAACGUCGGUCCAGAAGGCUCUGGCGCAGCGUCAGGCAACAGGCGCUUGCAGCAGACUCAGGCCCAGGUGGAUGAGGUGGUGGAUAUUAUGCGCGUUAAUGUGGACAAAGUGCUGGAACGUGACCAGAAACUGUCUGAACUGGAUGACCGAGCAGAUGCUCUGCAGGCUGGAGCCUCCCAGUUCGAGACCAGUGCUGCUAAACUGAAAAGGAAGUACUGGUGGAAGAACUGCAAGAUGUGGGCCAUCCUGAUAGCUGUCAUAGUGAUCAUCAUUGUCAUCAUUAUUAUUUGGAACUACUCAUAAAACAUCAACAGGAGGAGGAGGAGUGGAAACGAUGAAGAAGAGAAGUGGAGCAAUGUGCAUGAUUCAUGUCUCAGAGGAAGAAUUCACAUGAUUACUGGUUACUGAGCUCCACAUUUUCCCCCUCUGCAGGGGUCUUCAUUCCUUGUCCUGGAUUGCCCUGUAUGUGUGUGUGUCUGUGUGCCUCUGUUGUAGUAAAGUAUCAUAAUAAUUCUGUACUUUUACCCUGUAUUAAUAUGCCAUCCCAGAGAUCAGUAAACUUGCAUUGGGAUGCAACCCCACAUACCAAAGAAAACUAAAACAUAGAUACAGAAAACUGUCCAUAACUAGAAGUAAAACUCGAGUAAAGCCCAUAAAAAAAGUAGAAAAUAAACAUCCUGGACUUUGUAACAACAUACACACACACACACACACAUUCCAGUCUCAAGGCUAGAAGUGAAGAAUAUUAUUGUAAACUCUCCUCAACUUAUAUUUACAUUUUUAUGUUUUAUUAAUAGCAACUGAUUUUGUGUGAUGCUUAAAAAAAAAAAAAAAAAAAAAGUGCCUUUUGAGGAUGUGCUGUUCCGUGUUAGUUUAGAUUGUGACAGUAAUCCUGCAUAUCAUCAAAAUUGCCCCUUUCCAGCACAAAAACAUUUCCUCUUCUCUGAGUGUAACACCAAAAUUUAGAUUCUUGUUCUCAUUUCUUUUUCUUUUAUUUUAAAUUUGGUCUGUUUGUGAAUGGUUAAAGUAGACUAGUGAACAGUGAAAUCUAAUGCCUUUAUUUUCUUUUUAUGCACAUGUUUAAGUGUUAAUUGAGUGAAUAAGGCAUACAAUUGAAGAUUGCAUGAAAAACUAUUUCUUUGGUCACUUAACAACACAAAGCUAACUAGUAACAUACUGUUCAAACACUUCAUCAUACCUGUCCCUAUUCAUCUUUCUUUCAGGUAGUACUUAGUUUGCAGUAAAAGCUAGUGUGCACUUCUGAUUAGAUAAGUGCCUAUGAGCUAAGGCCAACAACCUCACAGCCUGACAAAGGCUAAAGAAACUGCCACCAAGUUACAAAUAACAAAAGUGCUACCACUGGUAUAAAAUGAGAGGAAUUGUCUCAAUUAAUGCUCCUAAGGAUGUGCCAUAAAAAUGCCUUUCUAAAAUGUUCAAGCACAACAAUGUAAGAAAAUGUAGUUUUAGACAAAUGUCUUAUUAGGUUUCUCCAAUGGAGAACAGCCAAAAGUACAGCCAUACCUUACCUACCACACGUGCCAGCCAUUCAGUAGUGCCUUCUGAAUGCCUCGACUGUCCAAACAAACUGUGCUGCUUGCAUCAAUCAGCUGAACAUAUUCUUUGAUAAAGUCUUCUGUUUAGUCACAGCAGCAUUCAUCCGAUCUGAUAAAUGCAAAGUACUUCUCAUGUGUGAUAUUUCAGUUUUACUAUACAUUAGCUUUUUUGCAGUCUCUUAAAUGUGCAACUAAUCCUUUAGAAACUGUAGUAUUUUUGUUGCGGUUCUUAGCUCACUAUGGCAAUGCAUUAUAUUGAGUGUGGACAAAAACUCUGGCACUUAUAUUGUGAUAUAUGCUAUACCAACACUGGAUUUGGGAUUACUUUGUAUAUUCAUUUCACUCUGUCUGGUGCUUUAUUACUGCCAGCAGAACUGUUGUUGCAUUUUUCAGUAGUUUUUUAAGACAUCUAGUAACCAUUUGUUAUCUGGGCUUCAUAGAGCAUGCAUGACACUGAUACUGUUAGACACUAACAUGAGUAUUAGCUCUGUAGACAUUUUUAGUACGCAGAAAUAGCCAGACUGUAGCCAUGAAGAAAAUUUACAGGCCACUGAAAUGAUUUUCCAGGCCAGCCUUUUGUCACAGAUGUAGGGAAUUGUCAUCAUCCUCUUCUGUUUUCACAGAAAUUUGAGACCCAAUAUCUUCCAGCCUUGCUUAUGCCUACCUACUGGGAAUGUAUGUGGAAAUAAGUGCAAUUCUACUCUUUGGCCCUAAAUGCCUUUUGCUUGAAUAAAAUGGAUUUAACUUAAA